UUCAUCAAAUGAGGAUGCCGAGCGGUGAAGGCUGCCCUACACGGUUACUCUGAUACUGAUGAUCUGAUUUGAUUUUAACCCUGGUGCCAUUGUUCCAUCAGUCUACAGCAGAUGUUGACGAUCUGUCUAUUUGCAGCUAAUUUUAUCCCUCGUUUUGAUCGGGGACAACCCGCCUGUGUCGUUUAACUCUGCAAGAGGAAGAAGCUGCUUUUCGCAUCACAGAUGCUCGGACUCCCAUAUUUUGUUUGUUUCACCGGGUUUCCCUUCCAUCGAGUCGACAGGCAUGACGGACAGUAACGCCGCCGCUCGGGUUAUAUGCAGCAGCAGAAUCUCAUGUACAGUGCCGCAUCAACAAGCCUCACUGCCCGACCACCGGGUCCCCCUGCCGGCGCCCCGGUGUCCGCCAGUCCCCCUACGCCUCUUGUGACAUGACAGCUCGGGGAAGAAAGAAGAGGAUCAAAGGUUACGGGCAGGGGUUGAAGCAGGAGCGCAGACGGGUCAGAUCCUUGAGGAGAGGGCACACUGAAAACAGACAGUGUGCACUGUUUGAAUGGAGAGGAUACACUCAUAGCCUACCUGUAUAAAUUCAUGUGAUACUUAAUUAAUCCCUGCAGGAUAUUUCUCCUGUGGAUUGCAGCCUCCGGAGAGGUCAGAGCACCGGGUCAGCCACAGAGCAGCGCCCCUGGAGCCGGUUGAUGUACCCAUACAUCAGCAGGACGGAUGCCUGGUGGCACAGAGGGACUGAACCUGGAUCCUGGUCUCACUGGACCCAGCUGACCCCCUUCCUGCGAUUUCACAGAAGACUUGUGAUUCUGAGUUGGGCCUAGUGGGUAGCACCCACCUUUGCCUUACAGUUCUAUCUGAUGCACGGCUUCAUAGUGUUGAUACUGGUCGACUCCCAGUCAGCAGUGCUGUUCCCCAGGCCUGUCAGUCUCUCUUGGCUGGUCCUGACCAUCACCUUUACCUGCACAGCCAUGGGCUGCAUCCAGAGCAUAGCCUGUAACAAGUCACGCAUCAAACGAGAGAACAUCGUGGUGUACGACCUGACCGCCACCAUAGACCACUGCCCGACUGUCAUUGAGGAGAACUCGCCCAUAGUGCUUCGCUACAAGACGCCCUAUUUUAAAGCCUCGGCGCGGGUUGUGAUGCCCCCUAUUCCGCGCAAUGAGACCUGGGUGGUGGGCUGGAUCCAGGCGUGCACCCAGAUGGAAUUUUACAACACCUAUGGAGACGUUGGCAUGUCGAGCUGGGAGCUGCCUCAGCUACGAGAAGGCCUGGUGAGGGCCAUCAGCGACUCUGACGGUGUGAGCUACCCCUGGUACGGAAACACAACAGAGACUGUCACCAUAGUGGGCCCCACCUCCAAGCCAUCCCGCUUCAUCGUUAGCAUGAAUGACAAUUUUUACCCCAGCGUCACCUGGGCUGUGCCGGUCAGUGAAUCCAACACUCCCUUACUGACUAACAUCAAAAGGGACCAGAGCUUCACCACAUGGCUGGUGGCACUCAACACCACGUCUAGGGAAAAGAUCCUGCUCCACACCAUCAAGUGGAGGAUGAGGGUCGAUAUUGCAGUGGAUCCGUCCCUGCCUCUGGGCUCCAGGGCCAGGCUGGUAGGCCGUGUGCACCAGGACCAGCCGCGGGUGCUGUCCCGCAUGGAGCCCAUCCCUCAUAACGCCAUAGGGAGGCCCAACGCCAACGACGCCCAGGUUCUGAUGUGGAGGCCGAGGAGAGGGCCUCCGCUUGUUGUCAUACCGCCCAAGUAGAUUGUUGAGAGCAUCUGAUUGGCCGUUUGUUAUAUCACAGUGGGCCACUUCCGCAGUGAAACAAGAAAAUCUCAUGAAAAGAUGAUAAACAGACCAAAUGAAUAAGCAGGCUGAGACUUGAACUGUCUGUGGCACAAAUCAGAGUUGCAGUCUUUUCCGUGUAAAAUCUUGAGGGGACAACUGCCUUAAUUCCCCACCGCUGCCUUUGACAUUGCAGAAAGUAUGUUGGUCUGUACUUCUGGUGCUGUUGAGCUGGCCAUCACUCCAGCCCAGCACAACUGAGCAAGGCUAACUUUGAAAAUCCGCCAUUAGUGCUGGGUUGUAACGCAAACCUGUACUGUAGCUACUCAGGCCCAGAAAGAAAUGAUCCAGCCUAAAUACAAACCCAGUUUAAAAAGGUUCUUGAGCCUUAACAAUGACAUAAUGCUGGUCUGCUCUGUACUAUAAAGUGCUGUGUAAGAGAGUGUGACCAAGGAAAGGUGUUAGUGUUUAUGCGUCAUACACAUCCAAGGAGAACAACACUGCUGUGGGAUUUAUUCAUUACGGACAGAGAAAACUAUUAUAUCAACUGAAAUGUUACUGGAUGAUGUGCUUUUAGAGAUGAUGUGAGUGUGGGUGUACAGGCGUGUGUGUAUGUGUUUGAGUGUUUUCUAUAACGGAGCCCUAGGGUUGGGUCCGGGCUUGCUGCUUUGUCACACCAGACUGCCUCACACACUCUCACACACACAUACACACACAAACACCAGGGGCCUCAUUUGUGAUAAUGCUACAGGGAAGGUAAUUUUUCAAGAUCAUUUUAAAAAACUGAUAGAUUGUCAACAUACAUGCAUCCUCAGAGCUACUUUGCUUUUUCACAUAUCACAGAAAAUGUAUAAAUCACAGCUUGGAUUUGGUUAUAUGCACAGGAUGUGUGCACUGAGAGGAAUCUUAAAUGAAGCCCUGCAGCGGGAUUUUUGUUUUUUUUACACUAACAAAUGGCCAGUUCAUCCAAGCUGCAGAGCUUCUCCCUCCCUGCCUUUUGAAAGCCAGUGAUGCCUGUGUUGAUGACAGCCUUCUAGAUUUAGUCUUUCCUGUGUCUCAAUCUAAACAGAUUUGUGAGGUGAAGAAGCAAGAAGUCAUAAGAUGAGCCUGCCUUCAGUGGCUGCAAGAGGCAGCUAUAAUACGUCUAUAUCAAGUCAAUAUAUGUUGUUUAAGGAUAAAGAUUGUGGUGAAAGAGUACUGUAUUUACACUAGAAGACUUUAAGAAUAGGUUCAGCUCAGUUACAAAAAAACCCCAUAGCUUCUCACUUCUAGCGGUAUGUAGCCAUGCAAAGUUUUGAAAUGUCAAAUGUGUAGAUUUCUGCCUCCCAAACAAUAAAAAGGAGGUGUACGACAUUUCUUUAGUGAUCACAGCUUUGACAAACUGCAUUUAGCUUUUCUAUGAGGGUGAUCUCGGCAAAGCUUUGAGUUAAAUGCUAACGUGCUGAUGUUUAGCAAGUAUAAUGUUUGCCAUGUUCAUCUUCUUAGUUUAACAUGUCAGCAUUUCAACAAUUGCUAUUUAGCACUAAGUACAGCUGAGGCUGAUGGGGAAUCCCUUUUCUUGCAGGUAUUUCAUCAUAAGAAAAAGUUAAAACAUAUUGGACAAUUUCAAAUUUGGACCUAACAAUGGUACUAGAGGAAAAGUCAGUUAAUCCGCAAAGUUAUUACAAUUCGUCCUCUGGGCUAUCUGCGACAAAUUUCAUGGGUUCCAUAUCCAGUACUCACUGAGAUAUUUUACAAAAAAAAUUAAACAUGUCAUCUAGGUGGCACUAGAGGAAAGGUUGAGGAAUUACCAAAGUAAUCAGGAUAUAUUGUCUAAGAACUACUGAUAUCUGUACUGAAUUUUGAGGCAAUCCAUCAGAAGUUGUUGAGAUAGUUCAAUCUGAACCAAUGUGGUGGGGCGAUUGACCUGCUGACCAAUAUUGCUGUCCCUAGAGGUACGCUGCCAGCAUGUUUAAAAAUUAUAUAUCUGAAUAUCUGAUAUCUGAAAACCUGCAGAAAUAUAACCAAAACAACCUACAUACUGGUGGAAGUAAAAAAAAAAAGAAAGUUUUUGUUGUUGUUGUUUUGUGUACUUUGGGUGAACUGACCCUUUAAAUAUUGGUGCAGUAUUUGGUUUACAAAGACAUCCAGUCUUUUGUGCCAUUAUGAUCUUUUAUAAAAUGUGUUGUUAUGAAGCUUCAUAGGUGAAAAUGAAAACAGUGUGCAGCUUGGAGAAUAUGAACAUUUCAAAAUCUUGUUGAAUCUGAAAGUGUUGCUUACUGUUUUCCAAGCAGGUCUAUACAUUGUAUUUCUGUUUGUACUCACUCAGCACACAGUGGACCAGUGAAACAAGUCGUGCUGAAGUGCUGAGCUGGUCAAGAUGAGACAGAGCUGAAGAGAGAUGGAGGAUGUAACCACCUUAUCUUACCCAUGCUGCUCAUUACUCCUGGUGCAAACCGAACAAGCCUUCACACAAACACACACACACACACACACCUCAUCUUGAGAGACACCAGAGCCGUAAUCACUGGAAGGAGUGUUUUGUCUGUGUAUUGUGCACAGGAGUAUCUGAGAGCCCACGUUGACAAUCAAGGGAACCAUCUAGAGCAGCAAUUUAAACUGGAAAAACUAACUAGGUGAUCUUUAUUGGUCAGUGAUUUUAUUCCGAGAAUUGAGGCUUUUAAUGGGUGAAACAAAGCGGAAAUUUUUUUUCACAUGUUGCCCCGAUUAAAAUGAAGUGUUAAAAAAUACACUUAUACUUGACCAUGAGGUCACACAGUCCGCUGUCUGUGUGUAUCAGGGCCUCAAUUGUCUUUUACAGUAACAGAUGUGCCUGAGGACUGAAGGGUAGAGCGGUACGUGACCCUUCAUGAGGAGCUUGACUCGUUAAUAUCUACUUGUUCUGCUGCUUGACUGGAGUCUAAUGCAGUUAUUGGUUUCAAAUGACUGGGUAAAGGUGUUUUACAGUGUUAUAAUAUAAAGGACAUGAAACUCGGGCGUGUUACAGUCAUUUCUCUCAGACUGUCUGGCUUUUGCAUGCAGUGUUUUUAAACUCAUUAAAACAAAUGCCAAAAAAAUCCAAGUGUGAAUUUAUUUAUGUUAUGUAGUUUGCAAUUCUAAGGCGACACAUCAAGUAUUAUAUUAAACAAGGUAGACGUGUAAUUGUGCAAACAAUAAGGAUUUAGAUGUUGAAAGAAAUGACAGGCUGCAGAGAUGGCUUCAUGAUUAAUUGUAAAGAAUAUAUCACUGCAACGC